AUGCUGCCACGAGGAGACAUCAUUUCCCUAUCAAUCCGCAACCCCUGCUCUGGCCGAAGCAUCAACAUUUCCAACGUUUACAAUGAAGUGGGAACCAACACACUCUCCACGCUGGCGGAAACCCUUGACAAAGUGGAGCCCCUGACAAACACAGUCGUACUGGGCGACUUCAACCUACAUCACCCCCUCUGGUCAACAACGCACCGACGUCUUGGACAGGGGCCAAGUGCCCAGCAACUAAUAACAAUCAUUGAGGAUCUCCAUCUCGAGCUACUCACUGCACCUGGGGCUCCUACCCAUAGGUGGAAAGAUGGAAUAUCGACAAUAGACCUGACAUUCGCCACUGAGGACCUUACACCACUCGUGACUCACUGUAAGAUUGAUCGAGGAUUAGAUUGCGACUCUGAUCAUCUCCCUAUAGCCAUAACCGUUGAAUGGGAAUGGAGAGCAGCAACCCCGAUGAAGAGGCGUCUGUGGUCUAGAACGAAUACAAUGAUAUUACGACAAGCUGUCCAGGAGCGCCUUCCUCAGCAGUGUGUCGGGAUGGAGCUUACAAGUGAGGGCGAAAUCGACACACAUGUAUCCUCCAUCGUCAGGGCUCUCAAUGCAGGCAUCGAUUCAUCAACUCCGUGGUCUAAUCCAUCCCCCCGAUCAAUUGCGGGGUUUGACCGAAAAUGCAAAGAUCUCUGUACAGAAGUUCAACAACUUCGUCGAAAAUGGCAGCGUACAAGAUCAGAUGACGACUACGAAGCCUACCGUCAGGCACGCAAUAAGAAGGGUCGACAUAUGCAGAAAUUUCUUCGCAACACCCACCGCCAAAGAAUAGAAGAGGCAUCGUUAUCGAAAAACGGACUAUGGAAGUUGGUCAAGUGGGCCAAGAACAGACACGAAACACUGCCCGCGUGCACGCCAGCACUCGUCAAACCCGACGGGAAACUCGUCUAUCGCCCAGAAGAGAAGGCCGAAUUGUUGCGCCAGUCCUUCUUUCCCCCUCCGCGUCAGGCUAAUCUCUCGGACAUUAAUGGAUAUCAGUAUCCCCCGCCAAUUGAAUGCCCCGACGUCACGCUGUCGGAGAUUGAGAAGGCGGUGCGCAGGACUGCCCCGAACAAAGCCCCCGGUACCGACGGCAUCAUCAACGGCGUUCUGCACCACACACUCGAUGUUCUUCUCCCUAGCCUCCACAAGCUGUUCAACGCAUGUCUCCAACUGGGCUACUGCCCCCAACACUUCAAGGAGGCGGUCACCGUAGUCCUCCGCAAACCGGCCAAAGACGAUUAUGCACAACCCAAGUCAUACAGACCAAUUGCUCUGCUGAAUACACUGGGCAAAGUGUUGGAAGCCAUCAUAGCCAGCCGACUUGCCUAUCUCGCUGACGUCUAUCAAUUACUCCCCAGGCGGCAUACCGGAGGUCGAAAACUCGCAUCGACGGAACACGCCAUGCACGUCCUUCUCCAACGGAUAUACAAAGCGUGGUCUGAAGGCAAAGUGGCAACCCUGCUAUUGCUCGAUGUGUCUGGCGCGUAUGAUAACGUUUCCCGAGAGAGGUUACUGCACAAUCUCCGCAAACGUCGCGUAGACAAUAAGAUGGUAACUUGGGUUGCCUCUUUUCUGAGCGACAGGACCACGACUCUCAAGCUACAAGAGUACACCGCAGCCUCAGUACCCAUCGAAACAGGGAUUCCGCAGGGAUCACCUAUUUCGCCCAUUCUGUAUCUAUUCUAUAACGCAGACUUGAUUGAAGAGUGCAAGACACCUGAGACAGAGUCGGUUGGCUACAUAGACGAUGUAUCCAUUCUGGCAGUUGGCCCAUCAGCAUCACGCAACUGUAAAACCCUCAAAGCCAUUCACCGCAAGGCUCAGGACUGGGCAAGGAAGCACGGCUCCCAGUUCGCACCGGCAAAGUAUGAGCUCGUACACUUUACCAGAGACCCAAAAGCGAACUGCACACACGCCCUCCGCCUGCCUCAUACAACCAUUAAAGCCUCCCCUUUCUGCAAAUACCUAGGCAUCCAACUGGACACGAGACUUCGGUGGGAAUAUCAUCGUGAAAGGAUGGAGACAGGAGCAACGAAGCGACUUUCAGCAUUAUCAGCCCUAGCAUCAUCGACGUGGGGAACACGAUUGGUGAACCUUCGACAGGUGUACAGAGCGAUGAUCAUACCUCAAAUGCUCUAUGGAUGCUCAGCAUGGCACGUUCCUAGAAGAGGCCGCAUACGCAGAGGUGCCGACAUGAUAGCAGCUAUUAGGAGAAUACAGCGACGAGCGGCUCAAGUGAUCACUGGAGCCUUCCGCACAACCGCUGGAGCAGCGGUGGAUGCAGAAGCUUACCUGCUGCCGGUGCAACAACAACUGGAGCAAACAGUAUUGGAGACGAUCAUGCGCAUUCGGACCAGUCCGCUGUACGACGACAUGGCCAAGUCUCCGGGAACUAUGAACUCGACACGACGGACACGCCAGGACCGCGAUGAACACAGUCCCCUGGAUCAACUCUCGAGUAUCCUGGAACACAAGUACGGCGUGCAGCUAGAUAAACUUGAGAAACGCCAACCACACGUUGUUCCGCCCUGGUGGAUUCCUCCGCUCGUACAUAUUGACGAAUCCGCCAACGAGGCAAUCAAAGAACACGACGCCACAGAUUCAGGGACAAUAUGUGUCUAUACCGACGGAAGCGGCAUCAACGGCCACGUUGGCGCCGCUGCGAUAGCACCAGAGCUUCGGGUCCGUGGUGUCACAACCAAGCGAACGGAAUACAUGGGAGCAUCGAGCAAGUCCACGGUAUACGCAGCAGAACUCAGAGGGCUGGUACUGGCACUCCAGAUGGCCCUCGACAUUAACAUGGUGACAAAUUCACCUGGGAAGUGUGCCAUAUUCACCGACAAUCAGGCAGCGAUUCAGGCAAUGCGGAAUCCCCAAAAUCCGUCGGGACAGUACAUCCUGGUCGAAGCUGUACAAGCACUUGACAAGCUUCGAAACUUAGGAUGGGAGGUGCAAUUCCGAUGGAUACCGGCACACGUUGGAGUGCCUGGCAACGAAGCAGCCGACCAAGCGGCCAAGGAAGCAGCUGGCCACGAUCCAAAGCAGCGAAUCGCCAGGGAGCUUCCGCCAGAACCAGGUUGGCUUCGAACCCUCACCGCUACCACGAAAUCCAACAUUCGCAAAACGAUGAGGGAGGAGUGGAAGCAGUCGUGGGAGACGGCCAAACACGGAAGAGACCUAUUCCGACUCGGCGUGCGGCCGGGAAAGGACACCCUGACCACCCAUACAGACAAACACAGAGCAAUCAGCUCAGUGAUCACACAGAUGCGUACAGGCAAAAUCGGCCUCCUGGCCUACCUCCACGGAAUCAACAAAGCCGACACGGACAAAUGCCCCUGCGGAUACGGGACCCAAACGGUACGACACAUCCUCCUUGAAUGCCGCGACUGGAUCGAAGAACGACACAAGAUGUGGGCAGGCAAGCGACCAUGCGAAGACAUCAAGCGCAUUCUCUGUAGCUCGUCAAAGUCUGUACAAGCAGCCAAGAUGAUCCUUAGGACUGGCCUUCUCGGUCAAUUCCGAGCAGUACCAUCCACAGAACUUCAAUAUACGCAAUCUGCGUAA